AUGGGGACCCUCAGCUGCAGCCCUGAUCCACGGCUGACCACAGCACCCCAGGGCUGGCGGGCCACUGAGUGCCAGAUUCUGGAGACCCACUUGAGGAAGUCCUGCGGGAUGGACACUGUGGAGAAUGGCUCAGGGCCAGGCUUGUACGUCCUGCCGUCCACCGUGGGCUACAUCAACCACGACUGCACCAGGGCGGUCAGUCCAGCCUACUCCCUCUUCUGGAGACCCCGCCCCACAUCUCCACAGGACACCAGCCCUGGGCCUGUCUACUUCCUGGACCCAAAAGUCACCCGGUUUGGCCGAAGCUGCACCCCUGCCUACUCCAUGCAGGGCCGGGGCAAGUCUCGGGGUCUGGAGGUGACACCAGGCCCUGGGGCCUACAGCCCAGAGAAGGCAGCCCCUGUGCGUCACCGGACGCCUCCGGCUUUCACUCUGGGAUCCCGCCUGCGACCACAGCUCCAGGACACCUCAGCCCCUGCCCCUAACACCUAUAUCCUGCCCUCCCUCUGGGGCUCCCAGAUAUUCACUAAGCCCAGCAGCCCCAGCUACACAGUAGCAGGCCGCACACCCCCCGCUCGCCCCCCUCAGGACCCUGCUGAGAUACCAGGUCCUGGCCAGUAUGAUAGCCCAGACCCCAACACCUACCGUCAGCGCCGGCCCGCCUUCACCAUGCUGGGCCGGCCCCGUGCCACACGCCCCCCGGAGGAGACUCCUGGGCCUGGUGCCCACAGACCUGAGCAGGUCACCAUGACCACAGUCAGGGCCCCAGCGUUCACCAUGGGCAUCCGCCACUCCAAAAGGGCUACCACCAUGGGUGUGGACACCACACCCUGA